CGAAGCCUCGCGCCUCAGCAGGAGUCAGUCGGAAGGAAUCGGAGAAGCGGACUGGACCCCGACAUGGGGACGACGGGACCCGCACUUCUACUCACUGUCCUCUUCGUGUCCUCGGCCUCAGGCUCCUAUCCCCGCGCACAGAAUGUCACUUGGAUAUCCACCAACUUUAAAACCAUCCUGACCUGGGAGCCCAACCCAUCAGCUGAUUACUCCUACACGGUGGAGUUCUCUGCGGUUGGUGCUGACACACAGAGGAACUCUCACUGUAUCCGGUCCUCUGGGACACGAUGUGACCUGUCCAGCUCUCUAAGUGACCUGAAUGCCAACUAUGUAGCGGAUAUCCUGUCUGAACCCCCCCUGGGGGCUACCUCGGGUCUCAUAGAGUUCCCUCACACCAGAUCGCCGCGAUUCUGCCCUUACAACGACACCGAUAUAGGCCGACUGGACUUUAAGCUGAAGGUGAGCGAAGACAAAAAGAAGACCACCCUGUAUGUGACUGACCCGCUCACUGCCCUGUUCAAAGAUGGCCAACAGCUGGACAUCAGGGAUAUCUUCUCCAAUCAGCUGCAGUACAAAGUCACCUAUUGGAAAAACAAGAGCACUGGCAAGAAAGUUCACGUGUCUCCGAACAACGUGAUCGAGAUGCCUGGCCUGGACCGAGCCAAGAGCUACUGCUUCAAGGUCCAGGCCUUUAUUCCCAGGCGCCGCCCCGACAAGCAGCUGGGAGAGCUGAGCCGGACCCAGUGCUCCGCCGACGACAACCAGUCCGUCUUUGAAGUGUAUUCAGUGGGGGUGAUCGCUGCGGCCAUCUUCCUCAUCCUGCUGCUGAUAGGCCUCGUCAUCGCCGUCUCAGUAGUCUGCUACAAGCGCAGGCAGAAGGCUGAGGACAGCGGAAAAGAAGGAAUGCCACUGCGGGAUGUCUAGAGUGUGUGUUCCCUCUCUCACACACACACACACACACACACACACACACACACACACACACUGUGGGAACAUGCGGUACAGCUGAACUGGUGGAGUCCAACACUGGAAUCAAUCCUUCCUCUAGUUUCUGUGAAACUGUUUAACGUAUUUAAUCCUUUUAUCAUUCCUGCUGUAGAAAAGUACACUGUUUGAACUCUAGUCAUACUGCUGGGACUGUACUAUUAUAUAUACUAGAUUUGGUGAUGGGUACAUCUGAUGACUGUAGAGAGGUACAUUAACACUACCAACUGAUUUUAUUUAUUACAUUUCAUACUGCAUUGAGGUUCUAGUGAAACCUAGCGUCAUUACUACUUAAUUGUGUAUAAUUGAAAGAAUUAAAUGUAUAACACAUUUGUAUAUGAUGGACUAUUUUAGCUUUUUCUACACUGCAGGUUGUAGAUAAUUUCAUGUUGAAGUAAUAAAUAUAUUUUUCAAGUUGUACAAUUAGUUAAAGGAAGAUCAAGUCAAACAGAAUAAAGAAAUCAUAUGUACGCAGUAUCAUCCGUCCUUGUACCCAGAGCAGGUAUGACGUACACAUCAAUAUCACCAAACAUCUGUUCUUUGAAAUGAAUUGAUUUCACCAGA